GUGGCGGCAAAAAUUACUGCACUUGUUCAUUCUAGAACCGUUGGAUUCGCGCUAAAAUUGACGUCCUCGUGAGUUACGACUUACGAUUUGCAAUUCGGCGCCGGAUGCAGACUUUUCAUUUUCCAAUAUAGGUGCUCCUCGACACGACGUAUACAUCAUCUAUAACAUCAUCUUGCUCAACAGUAGUUUACGUUUGCGUCCGUUCAAACAAUUUUAGUUGUCAGUACUUAUUUUUGAUACCAAAGUAUACACUCGUCAUUACUGAUUUAGAAUGGCCGAUAUACUGCACGUUGAAGUCUGUCAAAAAAUUGAUAGUACAUUGCCUGAACAUGAAGUUGAAGAAUUGGUUAACGCUGAACUGGAUGCCAAUGAAGAAGUUAUUUUAAAUAAAUCACUGAUUGCAGAAUCAUUUUCUCUUGAAGCCUUGAAAAAUCAUGUUGUUUCUAUUUUUUGUUCAUGCAAGCAAGAAGAGAAAACUCAUGUAAAACUAAGGGCAAUGAAUAUUAAGAUUCACAUUUACCGUCUAAAUCAAGAAGAGGUAGCUAUGGAAACUAUGGAAAAAGAUGGGGAAGAAAUUUCGGCAGCUGCUCAUUGGAUUUUGCCAUCAGAAGAAUUCUAUGGUUUAUGGGAAAACUUAUUUUAUGAAGCAGGAGUUAAAGAAAAUCUUUUAAAUUUCAUCGAAACUGCUAUGAUUUAUUCUGAGAGAAAAGUGAAUCAUCAUAUUAUUAGUUGGAAUAAAGUAGUUCUCUUGCAUGGGCCACCUGGUACUGGUAAAACUAGUUUAUGUAAAGCUUUAGCCCAAAAAGCUACCAUUCGUCUUGGUAAUUAUUUUACAAGAGGAGAGCUAGUUGAAAUAAAUAGUCAUAGCUUAUUUUCCAAAUGGUUCUCAGAGAGUGGAAAAUUAGUCAUGAGUCUUUUUAAUCAAAUCAAAAUAUUGUUGCAAGAUCCCAAAGCUUUGGUAUGUAUACUAAUCGAUGAAAUAGAAUCAUUAGCUCAUGCUCGUAAAACGUGCACUGGUGGAGAGCCCAGUGAUUCCAUAAGGGUUGUGAAUGCUCUACUUACUGAACUUGACAAUAUUAAGCGUUAUCCAAAUGUCUUAAUUUUGACAACUAGCAAUCUAACAGAAGCCAUUGACUUGGCUUUUGUUGAUCGUGCUGAUAUUAAGCAAAGCAUUAAUCUACCUAAUGAACAAGUUAUUUAUAAAAUUUACAGCGCCUGUGUAAAAGAAUUAAUGAGGACUGGCUUUAUUGAAACUGAACCAAUUCAAGAUUUAGCUUAUUUAAAAAUGAUGGGAUAUGAAGAAGAUUCAAAAACUAAGCACAGUCUGAUGCUUUUUGAUCUGUGUCGUGAAAGUAUUGGAUUAAGUGGAAGAGCUUUAAAAAAAAUACCUUUUCUGGCACAUGCAUUAUACCCAACCAUAACUAAGCACUGUACUCUAGUUAAGUAUCUUAGGUCUAUGCAUUUAGCAGUUCAAACUCAUAAAGAAAGUUCCAUUUAAAAAUAACAAUGUUACACUUAAUAUAAUUAUAAAAUAUUUUUUAUUUUUGUACCUGCUCUGAAGUAUAUCUUAUAAGAUAACAACAUAGAUUUUCUUGAGUAUUAAUGAUCAAAACUGUGAUUAUGCCUAAGUUUGAUUGACAAAAUGAACAGGUCAAGAAACUAUUAUAGUUCUAGUUAAAUUUCGUGAGACUUUCAAGGUCUCAAUGAAAAAAAAACUUGAUAAUAUCAUACUUACAUUAUAAUGACAUUCAAAAAAUUUACAAUUUUAAACUUUAAGAUUUUUAAACGACAAGUGUAUGUAAGUUAUUAAUAUAAA